GCUUGUUCUGCCAUGGACGCAUUGCCGGAAGACUGUGUUCAUGCUAUCCUGUCAUACACAUCUCCCGCAGAAGCUUCCAGAUGCUCCGUCGUCUCUUCCACCUUCCUAUCUGCUUCUGUCUCCGACAUGGUGUGGGAGAGCUUCUUGCCCUCUGAUUACGACGACAUUGUGUCCAGAGCCCUCGUUCCCCUCCGUUUCUCCUCCAAGAAGGACCUCUUCUUCGCCCUGUCUCGCCCACUCCUCAUCGAUGGGGGUAAUAAGAGCUUCAACUUAGACAAGAAGUCUGGCAAGAUAACUUACAUUCUCUCCGCAAGGGAGUUAUGCAUAAGCUGGAGCGACGACCCUCUGUUAUGGAGCUGGAUACCAUUGCGCGAAUCAAGAUUUCCAGUGGUGGCAGUGCUAAGAACAGUGGGCUGGCUGGAAAUAGAAGGAAAAAUCAGAACAGGAAGCUUAUCACCGAGCACGUGGUAUGGAGCAUAUAUGAUAAUGAAGGUAUCGGAGCGUGCAUAUGGGCUUGAAUCCGCAGUAUCCAGAGUGAGAGUCCAAGUGGGAAGCCAAGUGAAGAGCGGAAGGGCAUAUCUGUGGCAUGAACCUGAGCAGACGAAGAUGAUUAAGGAGUUGUUUUACGGAGAAAGGAGAGAAAUUGAAGAAGAAAGGGUUGGGAUUCCACGCAAAAGAGGAGACGGGUGGAUGGAGAUAAAGGUGGGGGAAUUUUUCUGUCGGAAAAGUGAUGAGGAGGUGAAGAUAAGGGUGACGGAAUUGGGCUAUCAAUUAAAAGGAGGGCUUAUCCUUGAAGGCAUCGAAGUCAGACCCAAACAAUAUUGAGCUUCACAUUUCCUUGCUAAAACUCGGUUAUUAUGAUUCGUGUUCUUUGCUCGUCCUUCCUUGAAAGCACUGGCAUAAAAACAAGAUGUACGCGUGAUGUGAUUAUGGAUUUGUGAUCCAUGUCU